AUGGCAGCUAUUCAAAAUGAACCCCUCAACUUCUCACUGCCCCUCCCCCACUCUCUGGACACGCGUAUCUACGUUCGCCUGAGCACCCAAGCCAAGGCCAUUGUGUUGUCCCUUACAACAGCAACACAAGACGAGUUGGCGGCUCCGAAGCCCAUGGGCUCCUUUGUUUACGCAUUGCCAAAUAGGUUUGAUGACAAGCAGCCGCUCUCGACAACCCUGUUCCCUUCAGAACCAAGCGUCGAAUUCACGACUCGAUUAGCAAAGCUUCUAGCAAGGAGAGUACAGUUGCCUGUCUAUGUGACCAAUUCUAUGAGCUUCGCCAACACGGGGAUGGGAGGCGCUGUCGAGGAGGAAAUGGAAGCGUUUAGGAACCUUGUUGCGGUGAUAGUUGAUAAACUAAAAGCUGCCGGUGCGGGUGCGUUGGCGGUGAAUGGGGAGUUACCCAAGUGA